CGGUUAGUCUUUUUAACAAUGAAUGGAUUUUUUGAUGGUCAUUUCUUGUUUAUUGUAUUGCCCGUAUUGCCGGUAAUUUAAUUGCGUCAAAACGUAGGUGCGACCUACUCACAAACACGUGAUUAAACGUGUUAUUCUGAUCAAACUGAUCUUACUUUUAAUUCCCUUUAACUUAACUUCCUUAGUUCCCUUAGAAAGGUUUUACUUUUACUAUUCAGUGUUUUCAUAAAUCAUAUUACCUUUCAUUCAUUCUUUCAUUCUUAUUAGUUUCACCUAAUAAAAUGACAGAUUGGUUAAGUUUUUUUGGUUGGUCUUUUCUUCCAAGUUUAGUCACAAAUUGGAUUCAAAAUAUAUAUUAUAGAAUUGUUUAUCGAGCUGGAGAAAAUAUACCAAAACCUGGCCAACCAAAACAUAAAUUACAUCAAAGAAGAAUUUAUAUUUUUGUUGUUGUUGUAUAUUUAAUCUAUACAAUUGUUGAAGUGAUUCAUUCUAUACCGCCAAAUUAUUACGAUCUGCUUGGUGUUAAUCAAGAUUUUACUUCUAAAGAACUUAAAUCAAAUUUAAGGAAACUUCAACUUGUAUUUCAUCCUGAUCGAAAUUCGGAACAACAAGCUGAAUCAAAUUUUAUAUUAUUGCGUAAAGCUUAUGAUACACUUAAUGACCCAGUAAAGCGAUUCGCUUAUGAUAGAUUUGGACCUGAUAUUAAUUAUUGGACUAAUUGUAAAACGAAGAGGGAUUAUAUUUUAUUAGGAAGAAAUUAUUCCACAGGAUUUUAUUUGGGAACGGGACUUAUAUUAUUCAUCUUAAAUAUAUUAGGAAAAGGACAAUUUGGUAGAUUUUGGAGAUUUAUAGUAUUUUGUGGUAUCGCUUGUAUUGAAACUUCAUUAAUUUUAAAUCCACAAUCAAAUUCUUCAUUUUUAUCUUAUCUUUUUCAAAAUUUUAUUAUAUUUGAAAGAAUUAAAAUUUUUAGACAACUUUUUAUUACAAUUUUUAUCGCUCUUUCACAAGUUGGUCCAGUUUUAUUUCCUACUGAUAAUACUCAAGAUAUACGUUCUAAUUUACAUAAUUUUGAAAUUUUAUGUAAUAUAGCUUCUGAUGAAAUUAAGAAUCAAUUAAGAUCUGGUUUUUAUCCUUUUCAAAAUGAUCAAAAUGCUCAAUCUGAAUUAAGAAAAAAGAUGGAAAAAUUGGUGGUGGAUAAUUAUUUACAUCAAAAUGAUCAUGAAUUUGUUCAAGCGUAUAAUCAAGCUCAACAACGUACUCGUAAAAAAAAAUAAAUCUUUUUUAAUAAAUAAAUAAUAUUUUUG